AAGAAAAACAACAGUGAAGACAUUAUGUAUUUAUGCAGACUACAAAUCUGAUGAAAGCUAUACUCCAAGCAAGAUCUCAGUCAGAGUAGGAAAUAAUUUUCACAACCUUCAAGAAAUUCGGCAACUUGAAUUGGUGGAACCAAGUGGAUGGAUUCAUGUUCCCUUAACUGAUAAUCAUAAGAAGCCAACUCGCACAUUUAUGAUACAGAUUGCUGUUCUAGCCAAUCAUCAAAAUGGAAGAGAUACCCACAUGAGACAAAUUAAAAUAUACACACCAGUGGAAGAAAGUUCCAUUGGUCUCAGAAGGGAAGGAUCAGAUGUGAAUGAAGUAGGCGAAACCCUGUUCACUAAAGAAACGCUUAACUUACUGCUGCAGAUGUUGCUGCUCGUGGUGACUAGAAAAACAAAAGCCAACAUUAGGAAGGAGUAGCGUUUGCUGCCAAGCGUACAGAUGGGACAUCUGCAUCAAGGACUGGAAAGGAGAAUUUUGCCCUGAGUUUGAAGGUGUUAUUUUUCCCAUGGUUUGAUUGGCCUGGCAUUCUUUGCCUGGCAGUUUUUCCCUUUCCUUUGCAAGGAAGGGGAAAGACGAGGAGCAUUCGUUGCUGACGAAGUCAGGAGGGCGCUGAAGCUGCCUGGCUUUAUUACUUUUGGCAGAUGAAUGGUGUGAUGUGGUUUUACUUCCUAUUUGCAGAGCCUUUCUAGAAACCUGGGCUCUGUUGUUCUUCAGCGAGUCCGCCUUGUUGGCUUAUAUAUAUUUAAAAAGAGAGCGAGUCCAAAAGAAGGAAAGGAAUUUUAAAAAGCAGAUUCUUGAAGAGAACAGAGGACUCCACAUAAACGAAGUGGAAUCAGAAGGGACAGAGCAGAAGACGGUGGUCGCCUUGCACAGGUUGCCCACCUCUCCACAGCAGACUUGGUAGAGUUUGCAUGCAUCUCUCUUAUAGCUC